UCCUGACGUCCAAUCCCGUGCUCGUGCAGAAAUUGACCAAGCUGUGAGGCAUGACAGCAUGCCGUGCCUUGAUAACAGGGCGUCACUGCCCUACCUUGAUGCCAUUCUUCGUGAGGUCCUGAGAUGGUAUCCUCCUUUCCCCCUGGGAAUCCCACAUGCAACAUCAAACGAUGAUGUUUACGACGGGCACUUCAUACCCAAAGGUGCGAUGGUAAUGGUUAAUCAGUGGGCACUGUCUCGGGAUGAGGACAUAUUUCCCAAUGCAUCACGCUUCGAUCCUAUUGACGGGAAGCUGAAGAGCCCUUUCGUCAACCAUUUUGCCUUUGGUCAUGGCAGGCGUAUCUGUCCUGGUAGGCUAACUCAUGGUUGA